AAUAUUUGAAUAAAGUUAAUUUUUUUCCGGCUCUAAUUUUAUAUGUACACCCUGUAUAAAUUGGAAACUGACAGCUUAUUAAACCCGGUUAAGAAACACCAAUGACAUCGUCAUCGAAGAUUUGUAUGAAUUAUAUUCAAAAUCAUUUUAAAUACGCAAUUUGGUUUUGCGUAGAUAGAGACUAAGUACGCAGUAGGUUUGUGUUCAUGUGAGGGUAGGAGGGGGGGAGGGGUUAUAUGACCGUUAUUAAGAGAAGUAAUCCGACCUUGCGAAAGGAAACCUUAUCAUUAAAUGAAAUAAGUUUGUAGCGUGAUGAACCAGAUUCCUCAAUAUGAUUUUACUGCUCCUGUCCCGGUGGUGCCAGGAGCGGUCUCCUCAGAUAUUACUGAUGCUCCUCUUUUUAAUGGUGGGAGCAGAGCUGUUUUUGCUGCUCCUUCUUGCUAUAACGGAGAUUUUACUUCUCCCUCUGCUGAUAAUACCCUUCCUGUAACUUGGAGAUUCUCAGAUCCUGUCCGUCUUCUACCGCUCUCAUCCACCCAACGAGCUUCCCAUGCUGCCAACCACCCUGAGAAUCUAAUCACCACCCUUCAAAACCGCCUGGUCACCCUGUGGAGAUACAUCAAACCUGCUCCAGAGCAUGUCCCUCCUAAAGAUACUGAGUAUGAGGGGGAUACAGAUGAAAGUGAUACAUCCUUCAAUGAUAUUGGAGAUGAUGAUUUUGAAUCUGACUCCCUAGAGUCUGAAGAAGAGGUUGGAGCUGAUCCAGGUCCGAAGGAGGAGAGAAGAAAACUUUCGAACAUGCUGCUCACCCUGCAGGGUAUAACAGAGCAGGUUAAACUGCUGAAAGAAGAGAAUAAGAAGCUCCAGACUUCUGUUGAAUCACUGGAGUGCAAUAAUAUAGCACUUUUACGGAGGUGUGAAAAUAACCCUAAUAAUCAUCAAACCAAACUUUAUCCGAAGAAUCUCUCAACGCAAAUUAGAAAACUUGUCAAGGAUAAUUAUCGCAUCAGGAUACCUGAGUCUGAUAUCAAGGCUUGCUACAAGAUGCCUGAGGGCACCCUGGUGUUCAGAAUGAAAAAUGAUGGCGAUGCGCCUUCAGGCAAAUACUGGGAACAUCUUAGAAGAACCAAGUAACAUCCUGGGAAUAUCUAAGAAGAACCAAGUAACAUCGUGGAAACUUCUUAGAAGAAGCAAGUUAAGAAUGAAUGGGAUAUGAAUGGGAUCUUUAAGUUUGAUCCGUUUCAAUUGUGCUUUCCUCUCAAAAGUAACCUGAGCUGGGAUUUUUUGAAUAGUGGAUAUUGGGAUUAAUGCUUAAUCUCCUCUUUUACUUAAUCUACAUAUUAAAUAAUGCUUGUUCUCCUCUUGUUAUUAAUCUCCAGAUUUAUUAACCGAUCGGGAUUAAGGAUAUCCCAGCUCUGCUCAUUUCUGCCUCCAAAACUAUUAUGGAAACUUUCAGAACAAAACUGUUCACAUGCAUCAACGAUUUCUUCCACAUUAUUGAUCAGAUAAAGAUUUUAAGCGAACAGUGUGAAUCCGACAUGCCCCUCUUUCAAUGGAGGGUCGAUUGAAAUGACAUCAACAUUCCCUGUAAGGAGAAUCUAAGAAUUUUCAAACUACAUUCAUGUUGCUGCUUCAUUCCAUUUUAGAAUUCUUCUAAUGUUAACGGAUUACAACCUAAACUAAAUACUAGUUAGUCUCGUAACAACCUAACUAAAUACUAGUUAGUCUCGUAACAACCUAAACUAUAAAUACUAGUUAGUGUCGUAACAACCUAACUAAAUACUAGUUAGUGUCGUAAGAACCAAAAAAAUCACAAAAUAAAUUAUCAAAUAGCUAUCGCAGUAAAAAAAGUGCUGUAAAAAUCGGUAAAAUAUAUCUGUUUUAUUGUGAACUAUUUAUUUACCUAUAUUAGUUACAUAAAUAAAUAUAUUUUUAAUGAUUAUGACAUUAAGAUACUGAAUAUAACUGGAGGAUUGGUGUUACUUAAUCUUUUAGAAAAAAAUAUUCACAUAUUUCUUCUUAAAUUAUUAGUUCCCUCUAAAAUUAGGAUUAACUGAAGCAUUUUUUGCGUAAAUUUUCACUAAUACGUUUUUUGGGGGAGGGAGGACUGAUUUUUACAACUGCUCAGAGCUAAGGUUGGUUUACAAUUUACAUAGCAAGGGAUGAUACUACAUAUGUGUUGUGAAAACUGCUCAUAGUUAUGUUUUCUUACCAUAGCUUAUUUAAUUUAUAUCAUACAGGGUUACCAGCAAAGAAUUAUACUUUUAUGACGACCUUAUCCUCUUUAAAUGUGACGAUGUGAAGGUUGAAUUUAGUAUUUUGUUUUGAAUAAAGUCUAUCCAAGGUAUAUUAAAGCAUCUGGCUAAAAAAAGAAGAAAAAUAUGGCAACAGGGAACCCUGUGUGCCAAAAACAUUUGAGUUAAUUAAUUUUGUUCAGUCGUUACUGAAGUCCCAUCCUUUGUGGGUUACCUUGUAAACUCUUCGUAGUUUGGUUUACAUGGCAUGGGUUGAUUUCAAAUUAAUCCAAACUUGUAUAGGCUGUGGUAUAAAUUUGUAAGUUUUCCACCUCUAAUUAUCUUGAACAUUUUUUCCCUCUUAUUUUCUCUUUCCAUUUUUUCCCUCUUAUUUUCUCAGACACUCAUUUUGGGGGUUCUUUUCCUUUAACUAGGGAAUGUUAUUGAUGAGAAUUUAAAAAUGAGUGAAUUGUGGUGUAAAAAGUAACAAAAAAAACUUUUCCAUUUUAUGCACAAUGUUUUCACCGGCGAGGGGGAGGGGGGGGAUUAUGUAACCUAUUUAUAUCGUCUGAUUGAUUGAUUAAUUGACUGAAAGAUAGGUAACCAAAAUGGAUGGGAGCUUAAGUCUGAUCACUAUGGAUUAAGGGUUGACCGCAAUUAUUAUCUUCUAUAUAAUAAAUCUCUUAUAUAUUUAUACAUAUAUAAUAUAUAUAUAUAAGUAUUUACAUGUUUGUUAAAGUUGGCCAAACAGCUUGACCAAUUUGCUGACAUUUUUUAGAAAAACCAUGGGGGUGGCGAAAUAAAAAAAUCAUGUUUUUAAUUUAAAAAAAUUUCCUCAAAGAGUAAUUUUAAACUUCACGGGUAACAGCGGGCAAUGCAGCUAGUUUAUAU